AGGAAGGACAUGGCUGCCCAAAAAGAAGAAAGUACAGCAGCCCAAAGAAGAAAGGUAACAAAACCUCUUAUGGAGAAGCGUAGGAGAGCACGAAUUAAUCAUUGUUUAACUGAACUUAAAAGAUUUUUGUUAGCUACAGAAGGAGAUAAAAAUUUAGACAAUGGAAGAUCUUCAAAAUUAGAAAAAGCUGAUAUAUUGGAAAUGACCGUUAAAUACUUGAGACAAAUCAGUAAGCAAGAGAAAAGUUCAGGAGAAAACUCUAAAAAUGAAAGAUAUCAAGCGGGUUAUAGACAAUGUAUGGGCGAAGUAGCUAAGUUCGUCUCUAUUACCCAUCCGUCUCUUACUGCAAAGUUUUUAGAUCAUUUAGAUCGUCGUUUGGCCUCGGAAUGUUCGAAAGAAGACCAACUCGGAGAAAAAGAGCAUUUAAUUUACAUUCCUUGUAAGAUACAACCGGAAUUUUGCCACCGAAAACCUGAAAUGUGGAGACCUUGGUGAUGAUUGAUGAUAGUUUCGUUUGCUUUCGUGUUUUAUUCAUUUUUUUAAAAAAAAUAUGUACAUU